AUCAACGAAAAUUGAACCAUGCAUUGCAUCUCCUCUCCUGCUUUCAGAUGCCCCUCAUUUGGCAAACCCAAAACUCAACAUCAUCAUAUACUCCCACGUGCCAAUGUAACAGGACUCCAGAUGACCACCACUCACCACCAUGCCAUCGCCCACUCACUGCCAUCGGAAAAAGUGGAGAUCAUCAAGUCACUCGAGCCCUGGGUUGCACAAUCCAUCCUCCCUUUCCUCAAACCAACGGACGAGUCCUGGCAGCCCAGUGAUUUCCUACCCAACUCUUCACAGCCAUUCGAUCAAUUCGUCACCGAGGUGCAGACCCUCCGUGAUCAGUCAGCCAUGUUGCCCGAUGACUACCUUGUGGUUCUUAUAGGUAAUAUGAUCACAGAGGAGGCUUUGCCAACAUAUGAGACCAUCAUCAACAACUAUGAUGGGAUCCGUGAUGAAACUGGAGUCAGUGCAAGCCCUUGGGCCACAUGGACACGGGCUUGGACUGCGGAAGAGAACCGGCACGGUGACUUGCUUCGUACUUAUCUAUAUCUUUCUGGUCGGGUGGAUAUGUUGAUGAUAGAGAGGACCGUCCAGAAUCUGAUUGCUUCCGGCAUGGAUCCAAGAACAGAGAAUAAUCCCUACUUAGGCUUCGUAUAUGCAUCCUUCCAAGAAAGUGCCACCUUCGUGUCACAUGGAAACACUGCACGUCUAGCAAAGGAGAAGGGUGAUCUUGUGCUUGCUCGCAUAUGCGGCAUCAUUGCAUCUGAUGAAAAGCGUCACGAGAAGGCCUACAUCAAAAUAGUCGAGAAGCUACUUGAAGUGGAUACCACGACCACCAUGCUAGCAAUCGCGGAUAUGAUGCAAAAGAAGAUCACCAUGCCCGCUUAUCUCAUGAAUGACGGGUGCGAUACAUCUCUAUUUAGCCAUUACUCUGCAGUAUCCCAKCGUCUSGGGGUCUACACSGCAGGUGAUUACGCUARURUUUUGGAGUUUUUAGUGCRACGRUGGAGGCURGAGAAGUUGGAGGSGCUGACGAGCGARGGACGWMGYGCACAAGAGUAYGUGUGUGGGUUAGCACCAAGGAUCAGGAAGAUGCAGGAGCGUAGUCAUGAGCGGGCUCAGAAAAUGAAACAGCAUGGUGUGAAGUUUAGCUGGAUUUUCAACAAGAAGGUCAUGCUGUAGAAUGAUCAUACUUGAAUGACUAUGUACCCUUGUGAACGAGAAAUUAAAUCUUGAAUGAUUAUUGACAAGAAAAUUAAAUCGAAAAAUAAAUAUAUUAAAAUGAAUAAUACUUCUUGUCUACG